AAAAGAGAUAAUUCAAAACAUUAAGGACAAGAAACUUCGAGAUCAAGAGAAAAUCAUAACUUCCCAGGAUAUUAAAUCUUCUUUGAAUGUAAAAGGUGGGCAGGUGUUGAUCCAAAAAUUAUUUACUCCAGAGCCGUCUCUACAAGAAUCGAAUAUAAUGCAAAACCAUGUGACUGAAAUUUCCGAGACCGGCGGUCCCGGAAAAAUCUCAUCUGAAAUAGAGACAGGUAAUAUAACCAUACCCUCUAUUCCAUUGUUCCAUACCUCUAGCUCCAUGACUGCCUCUAGCAAUUCAGAAGAUAAGAUAAUUGAGGAAGUCUCACGAAAUGAGGAUGCUAUUGCAUCAGAAUCUUUACCGGAAACCGAGAUCAAGAUAAGUAUAUCUACUGAAUCUCACGUUUCCGAUUCAUCUAAAGCUGAGGGCUUAUUACCCAAGAUGAUGCAGAACAUCGAAGCUUUGCUUCUUCUGAGUAGGCUCGAAGAAGAG